ACUUCCGAUAGCUGCGAUUGGUUAGGUCUGGCUUCAAUAUGGCGGCCAACGCGACUACCAACCCGUCUCAGCUCCUGCCGCUCGAGCUUGUGGACAAGUGUAUAGGUUCACGUAUUCACAUUGUGAUGAAGAGUGAUAAAGAAAUUGUUGGCACACUCUUAGGAUUUGAUGACUUUGUCAACAUGGUGUUAGAGGAUGUUACAGAGUUUGAAAUCACACCUGAAGGAAGAAGAAUAACAAAAUUAGAUCAGAUCUUGCUAAAUGGAAAUAACAUAACAAUGCUGGUUCCUGGAGGAGAAGGACCUGAAGUGUAAAUUGAUUCAUUUGUCAUCUAUGAAGACUCUUGUUAUAUAUUCUGUUAUCUCAAUGGAGUGCUUUUGGUUUUCAUUUUGUUUACAUUUAAAGUUGAUAUUUGAUAAAAGGUAAAAUUUCCUAUUCAGGGAAGAUGCAUUGCUGAUGCUGACUUUGUAAGUUAAAAUCAUGACUUUAUUGUAAAGACCGAUCUGCUGUUCAGAAUAAAACAAACAUUUUCUUUUUGUUAAA